UUGACCUUUGAUUUGCACAAAAGUUUCAGUUGUUUUAAAUAGUAAAACCGUAAGCAUCGUUUUUCUUCCAGCCAGCCAAAGCAAUGGCAAAAACUCUUCGCUAUUACUACGACCUUAUGUCGCAGCCCAGCCGGGCGCUAUACAUAUUUCUGGAAAAGGCCAACAUUCCCUACGAAAAAUGUAUUGUCAAUUUGGGAAAAGGUGAACACUUGACGGACGAAUUCAAGGCGGUCAAUCGUUUUCAGAAGGUACCGUGCAUCGUGGACAAAGGCCUCCACCUGGCGGAAAGUGUAGCCAUUCUGCGAUACCUAGCGCGGGAGUACAAGAUCGCUGAUCACUGGUAUCCGGCCGAUAGCCGGCUGAGGGCCCGCAUCGAUGAGUAUCUGGAGUGGCAGCAUCAUAACACUCGCGCCAGAGGGGCAGUCUACUUUCAGUACAUGUGGCUAAGACCGAAACUGAUGGGCAGCAAGGUGAACCCGGAACGGGCCGAACAGUACCGCCAGGAGCUGGCCGAUUGUCUGGACUUCAUAGAGGAGGAGUAUCUCGGCAAGGGCAGCAAGUUUCUGGCCAGUGAAGAAAUUUCCGUGGCAGACAUUUGGGCGGCGUGUGAAAUCGAGCAACCUAAAAUGGCAGGAUUCGAUCCGUGCGCUGGUAGACCAAAUUUGUCCGCCUGGAUGGCACGCGUAAGGGAUGCAACCAACCCGUAUUAUGACGAAGCGCACAAGUUGGUGUACAAGAUUACUCCGGAGAGUGUCCCAAAGCCUAAACUUUGAGCGGGAAUCAAACAGAAUGGAUUCAAUAUUACUUUAACAUAUGACUGCAUUAUUGAAAAAGAAUAAAUGGAUUCGCAUGCAUUAGUGUGUAC